GCGCGGAGACACGCGGCGUGUGCGCGCGGGACGGGGCGAGGGGAAGGCAGCGCCCGGCGCCUGUCGGAGCAGCAGCAGCAUGGCCGGUCCGAGCGCCCUCUGCUCCGCGCUCGGGCUCUGCAGCAUCCUGAGCCUCUGGGCUCUGCCGACACGGGCAGCGCAGCGGCAGGAGGACACUCUCUACAUGUGGAUUGAUGCUCAUCAAGCCAGAGUCCUGAUAGGCUUUGAAGAGGAUAUUCUGAUUGUUUCAGAGGGGAAAAUGGCCCCAUUCACUCAUGAUUUCAGAAAAGCCCAGCAGAGGAUGCCAGCUAUUCCAGUCAAUAUCCACUCUAUGAAUUUUACCUGGCAAGCAACAGGAAGGGCUGAGUACUUUUAUGAGUUCCUGUCCUUGCGCUCACUGGAUAAAGGCAUAAUGGCUGAUCCAACCAUAAAUAUCCCCCUGCUUGGAACAGUUCCUCACAAAGCAUCAGUCGUUCAGGUUGGAUUUCCAUGCCUUGGAAAACAAGAUGGAGUAGCAGCAUUUGAGGUUACUGUAAUCAUAAUGAAUUCAGAAGGCAAUGUAAUUCUCCAAACACCCCAGAAUGCCAUCUUCUUUAAAACAUGUCAGCAAGCUGAAUGUCCAGGAGGGUGCAGAAAUGGAGGUGUUUGCAAUGAAAGGCAUGUCUGUGAAUGUCCAGAUGGAUUUUACGGGCCUCAUUGUGAGAAAGCUCUGUGUGCGUCCCGCUGCAUGAAUGGUGGGCUCUGUGUCACACCUGGUUUGUGCAUCUGCCCUCCUGGAUUCUAUGGCGUCAACUGUGAUAAAGCUAACUGCACAACAACCUGUUUCAAUGGAGGAACCUGCUUCUAUCUAGGAAAAUGCAUUUGUCCUUCAGGACUCGAGGGAAACCACUGUGAAAUUAGCAAAUGCCAACAGCCAUGUAGAAAUGGAGGUAAAUGUACUGCUAAAAAUAAAUGUAAGUGCUCCAAAGGUUACCAAGGAGAUCUUUGUUCAAAGCCUGUCUGUGAACCUGGUUGUGGAUCAUAUGGAACCUGUGUGGAACCUAACAAAUGUCAAUGCAAAGAAGGCUGGCAUGGAAGACAUUGCAACAAAAGGUAUGGAGCCAGCAUUAUGAGUGCCCUGAGGCCAACAGACCCCAAGCACAGACAGCACACGCCUUCACCUAAAAAGGCUGAAGAGAGGCAUGUUCCACCCGAAUCCAAUUAUAUCUGGUGAACUCAAACAUCUGAAACGUUUUAUGUUACACAAAGUUCAUAGCCUUCAUUAACCUUUCAUGUGUUGAAUGUUAAAAUGCUGUUCAUUACAGUUAAGAUUACUGGCCUGAAUUUUAUUAGCUUCAUUAUAAACCACUGAGCUGAUAUUUACUAUUCCUUUUAAGUUUUAUAAAUCCUUCUUUAGCACGAUUAUAUAGGCUUCUUGUUUCAGUGCUUUGGACAGUGUUUUGUACUAUAUUUCAGUAAUGUUUAAACUUCCUUUUUGAUUAUGUAGCUGCAAAUGUUUUCAAAAAAUGAAACAAUAUCCAAGUGAAGCAUUUUGUAGAAGCUGCCCUGGGUUGAUCUGAUGACUAGAGAGUUUGCCUAAACAACAGUCAGGGUUGUUUUUGCAUUGCUACUAUCAUGUACUUAGAACAAUUACAAAAAAAGUUUCCUAAUUUUAAAAAAAAACUCAAUACAACAAUAUUGUUGGUCAUAACAAAUUUGCAAAGUGCUCUGUAUUAAAUAUACACUAUGGCAUUUGAACAAUAUAAUAUAUUGUAAACAAAGUAGAACUAUAAUGUAUGAACUUUUUGCAUUGGCUUGAAGCAAUAUAAUAUAUUGUAAACAAAACAGCUCUUCUGUAAUAAACUUUUUAUACUGAUUGUUAUAUAUAAAAUAAAGAUGCUGCUUUAGUUUUUUGAGGGCUGAAGUGUGUGGCCUGUUAUAAUUUCACUAGUGACAUGUUGAAAGGAUGUGAGCUCUAGGGCAGUUAGAUCCCACUUCUAACAAAUAGGGAAAUCACCCCAACUCUCCUAUUUUCUCUGAUUUUCCCCUCCCCAGAUAUUGGUACAUCCUCCCUGACAGAUAGUAUUUAACUCUGGAGCUUAUAAUGAUAUUUCAAAAGAGCACAUUUUUGCCUUUGGAAAGGAGGAAAUGGCAACAAAUGGCAGAUUCCACAAUAAAUUUCACAGGAUCUCUCAAGAGAAUGUUCAUGUUAUCCCGCUGCACUGCAAACUAUGCAUGCUGAACCCUGGUCCGUGCUAUUACUACACUCCGUGGAUUUUCAGGAACUAAGUAUAAACACUGCUCACUGAAGUGGGUUUAAGAUCACUAUGUUUGACAUGUGUUUCUCUCCUUGUUUAUGGUUACAGGAUAGUGGUUUUGUUUUAAAUUGGAAACAAAUGAACAGAUACCUAUUCUCUCCCUUCCUCUCUCCAUCACAUGCAUGCGUGGUACACAGAGCUUAACCGCAUAGGCCGAGAUCAUGCCCCAAAGAUCUAUGCAUUAAUAAAAACAGUCGGGCCUGAAUCUCAUUAACAUUAAGGCCCCUUUUACAUCACUCUGGCAGUGUAAAUGGGAAUCUGGCCCAGUUGAAUAGAAAUACAAAUACAAAUUUAGCUUGUUGGUAUCAUAAUUAGUGCUCUACUCUGCAAGCACAGGGUCUGGAUAUAAACACUUUCAUUUGUGCUUCAGUUUCCUUUCGGAAGGGCGACUAUGAGUAAAUGGUUCAUCCCUGAGGACACCUCAUUGUUGAGAGACUAUGCCUACAUAGUCUGUUAUGCUCAAAAAGUGAGCAAGAUGUGGGUGCCUCGUUAUGUGCCUCUUGCUCUUCAGAGAGUUUUGCAAUGUGAGAUUGUCAUAAACAGAUAGCUAAGGAUUAAUGUUCUUUUACCUGUAAAAGGGUUAACACAGGGAACCUGAAACACCUGACCAGAGGACCAAUCAGGAAACAAGACUUUUUCAAAUCUGGGUGGAGGGAAGUUUUGGGUGUGAGUUCUUUGGUUUUUGUCUUGGGUCUGACCCUUUCGGCUCUGAGAGUGAUUUUUCUAUCUCCUGGCUUUCUAAUCUUCUGUUUCCAAGUUGUAAGUACAAGGAUAGUAAGACAAUAGGUUUAUAUUGUUUUCUUUUGUAUUUACAUGUGUGUAGUUGCUGGAGUGUUUUGAAUUGUAUUCUUUUUGGAUAAGGCUGUUUAUUCAUUUUUUCCCUUUAAGCAAUUGACCCUGUAUAUUGCCACCUUGAUACAGAGACUAUAUAUUAUGUCCUUUUUCACUCUUUUUAUAUAAAGCUUUCUUUUUAAGA